AUGACACAUCCCCGCGAUGAUGACGACCUGGAUGCCCUUCUGGAUGACUGCAUAAACACAAUGGACGAGCAGGAGCGCCGCCACGAAGCGGAAGUGAAGGCGCGUGAUGCGGCCCGUGAGGCGGAAUUGGAGAAGCACCUUGCAGAGUCCGGCUCCGGCGCUGAAGUAAUGCGCCUCCUGCAGUCGUUUAUGAAUGACGAAUCCGCUGAGGGUAACGCGGACCCCAGUUCUCUUAUGAAUAAAUUACAGGGGGAAAUAACGCAAGUGUCAUCCCUGUUGAACGAUCUACCGGACGUCUCAGAGGAGGAACGCGCUAGCGUUAAGCAGCUGCAAGAGUUGUUUGACAGGCUCGCAGCAAUGUCGACAAAGGAUGAAGAUGAUGCGGCAGGCGGAGAUGACGCGGGCAAUGAGGUCCUGGCGGAGGCGUUGAAGAAGUGCAUGGAGGGCGUUGAAGCACUCACUGGAAGCGAGACCAACAAUGCGGCAGCUUCCGUGGCGGUGGAAAAAGCACCGUCCCCGGAGGCACCGACGGGUGCGGCAGGCGCUGCUGAUGCCGACGAUGCGAUUGCUGCUGGCCUGUCGGGGAUCCUUCUGGAGUGCUUGCUCGACCCAGGGUUGCUGAGGGUAAUGAGGUUAAUGCAAAGGGCCUACCCCCGUUGGUUGGCCGCCAACGAGGGCAACACUAGCGCUGAGGAUCUGGAGAGGUACAACAAGCAGUUCAAACUCGUGAAUUCCAUCUGCGACCUCAUAGGGGACGCGUCUGUUGAUCCCCGGGAUGCGGCGAAGACCAAUCAGUUGGUUUUCCUCGCCCACGAGUUUGCCUCACUGGGGAGCCUGCCGCCGGAACUUGAGAAGGUGAUGCCUGAGGAGGAGGAGGAGGAGCAGCAGCAGCAGCAGCAGCAACUGCCCGAGUGA